AUGCCAAAUCCCCACGCGUGCCCUUAUUGUGGCCGCAACUUUAAGCGGCCGGAGCAUCUGCGGCGGCAUUGCCGGACCCAUACCAAAGAAAAGCCAUUCGUAUGCUCCUGCGGAGCUGCUUUCACGCGGACAGACUUACUGCGUAGGCAUGAGAAAAUCGCCCACCUAAGCCCUCGCGAGGCAAAUGACACGCAUCGUGGUGGAUCAUCAGCUACAUUACCCGGAGUGGCCCCUUCACGAACCUCACAAGAGGAUGACGAAGUUUCAGAGCUAAUAGCGCCAAGUACUGAUGCGAUGGGCGCCUCCGAAGGUAAAAUGCCAAGGUUGCCCGACUCCGAAGAAUGCGUCGAAGCUAAUUUAAUUGUAGCUGUAUUCCAAGGUCCAACCUUUACCGAUUCCAUGACUAAUUUCGAAACCUUCAUGGGAGGCUUAGGAUUGCCUUUGGACUUUAUCAACUCUCCAUUUUCUCUCAAUAUGGAUUCCGAUUUAACAACAGGUGCAGAAGUUCAAUCAUUGGAGCCUGGAACUUUUGGUAAUGAUAGCCAAAGCACUGCCGGACCGCUGCCUUUUAGCAGAGAUUUACAUCCACAUGAUAUUGUUCAGGCUCAAAAAACUUCAAUUCCGAGACAAAGUAAUUCCUUUAAAAUGGCUUCUCUCGAGAUGACUGUGGAUGAUUUGAAGAUUCUUGAAGAGGGUCUUCGCCCGUUUCAGAGUCUUCUCGAUGACUUUACUCUACCAUCGCUCCGUACGCUCAUAAGGCAUAUAGAUGUCUGGAGGACCUCAUUGGCCUCUCAUUUUCCAGUCAUACACUUCCCAACCUUUCAAGUAGGGCACUGCAUCCCUGAACUCAUUCUAGCCAUGGCGGCACUCGGUGCAGUGGGGACAAUGGAAGAAAACCUAUCAAAGAAGCUAUAUCGAGCAGCCAGAUCCAUCGCCUUGCAGAGACUGAAAGUGAAUAAUUUGUAUUCGGAAGUAUGUGCCCAUUGUGCAACUAUACCAUUUUCGGAUGCAAUCAACCGAAUUCUGAAUAUGCAGUCAACCCAGACCUUGGUAUUUCUCCUCGUAUAUUCCAGCUGGGCUCGUGAUGCCUCUAUUGUUGUUGAAGGGUUCGAGUUACACUCGCCUUUGGUACAGUGUAUGCGAGCCAGCGGAUUUGUGGAGCGCGAGAGCCCUACCGAGCAAAGUUGGAUUGAAUGGUCGUCAUAUGAAGCUGAACGUCGAACUAAGUAUCUGGCAUUCUGCUUUCUCAACAUACAUACUCUAAUCUAUAACCGCCCGCCAUCUCUACUCGCCAGAGAAAUCCAGCUUUGCCUCCCCUGUCCAACAAAGAUGUGGGAAACUACAAAUGAGCUAGAAUGGGCGGCAUCUCGUCACACGAACAUGUGCAAUCCCAUCGGCUUUCAAGAUGCAUUUGAGUCUCUCGUAACGCCCGAGGCAGCUAAACGGGAAAACUUGUAUUGCGCCUUUAGCAAUCUCAUAUUGCUUCACGGAGUCGUACAACGCAUCUACUUACUGCGUCAAAUAUCAUUUGGACCCAGUCUGAGUGAUCGCGAAAUAGGUCAAAUUCACUCAGCACUCUCCAAAUGGGUUAAGAUCUGGCAGCGCGCAUCAGGCCGAGAUUUGCAUCCGAGCAGCGAGCAUGGACCCAUUCCUUUCACCUCUAUUGCUUUCCUCACAGUGGCUUAUGUCCGAACUCAUCUAGACACGGGUCCUAGCAUGCGGUUGGCAACACGCAAUCCGAUAACCGUAGCAAAAGCGUUGUUCUCAAUUGCCCCUCCGCGACGCCAUUCGAAUCUUACAAGCGCUUUAUUGUACACAGUUCACGCACUCAGCCUGCCAGUAGCCUUUGGCAUUGAUCAUGUGGCUAAGAGUCAGUCAAUUCUGUGGUGCUGUCAGCAUGCAGCAUGCGCCCUGGAGAGUGCAGUUUUCCUUUCCAAGUGGCUGGAGGAUAUUGCUACUUGCCAAAUGACAAAUGCUCUAGAACCCUAUGAACAUCAUAUAAUUGCGUCGGUUGAAUCUGUCAUCAAAGAAGCCCUUGCUUCUGGAGACUGGGGUGACACAGAUACAUCAUCCUGGUGUCAAGGCCCCCGCCAAAUGAGUAUAGCCGUGUUGAAAAUUUGGUCAAAAGUAUUCAGCGAAGAGUCCUCAUGGGCGAUCACGGUGCACGUUGGCGAAUGUCUAAUUGAAUACGCAAAGCUUUAUGAGAAUUCUAUUCAGUACAUAGCAUAGUCUGAUGUGUCGAUGCAAACCUUUCCAACAUGUUGACCU